AUGUUUGAGCUUACUUUAAUACUUCAUUAUUAUGGACCAGAUCAACUUGGACAACUAAUUAAAAGGUUUAAAAAUGAUUUUUCCUUUUUUUCAGAUGUGUUUGAUAUUCUGCCUGUGAUAGAGAGAUCUUUUACUGCUUCAUUGAGAAGUGGUAGUGGAUACAAAAAUGUACAUUCCUGCACUUACUGCAGCUAUGCAACUGUUAGUAGAAGUAAUCUUACAAAACAUAUCAGAAUACACACAGGUGAAAGACCCUAUGCAUGUAAAGUGUGUGGUAAAGCUUUCUCGCGCAAGGAACACCUAACACGCCAUUCAAUUUGUCACUUACCGAAAAAAUACAGGGUUUCAUAUACCAAACAAAUUAAUGCUUUUGACAACCAUAAGGGGUUAUUUUCAAGAUAUCAAAGAAAAUCUCGUCAUCAGUGUCCUCACUGCCUCUACUCAACAUUUUUAAAAGCAGAUCUCACCAAACAUAUAAGAACUCAUACUUGUGAAAAACCUUUUUCUUGUUUUACUUGUGGAAAAAGUUUCACCAUAAAAUCAAACAUGCUCCGUCAUAUGAUAGUUCAUUUAAAAUAUUCUCGAAGGAAUGAUUUAAAAAGACACAUUAUGACACACACUCAAGAAAGACCUUUUGCUUGUGCAAUUUGUGAUAAGACUGAGUUUGAGAUAUCGUACUCUCCCAGGCCUGCAAAAAGCAAUCCAACUCGUCUGUACCAUCUAUGUGAUAUCUGUGAUUAUUCUACUAAUAACAAAGGGAACUUUAUCAAGCAUGCCAAAACGCACACGGAAGAGCGACCAUUUGUUUUAUGUAAAACUUUAUUUAACAUGUGUUCUUUUACCAUAGAGUUGAUCAACAACCUACUUUCUAUAACUCCUGCAAAAUUGUUUGAGUGCCCAUAUUGUGACUAUUCAACUGCGAACAGCAGCCAUUUGAAACAGCACAUAAGAAUACACACUAAAGAACGUCCAUUUGUUUGCAAACUUUGUGGAAAGGACUUUACCCAGAAAAAUAACCUGAAGCGUCAUCAUAUUACUCAUGUUAUGAAAGAGAUGCUUAGAAGUGAUUCAUUGUUUUCGAUAAUGGAUGUUAAAAGGAAUCAACAUCAAAAAUUUCCUCUUGUCUUUUGUCAUCUUUGUAAGUACAAUUGUCUUAAUAAAUGUGAUAUGGUGAAACACUUACGAACUCACACUAAGGAACGCCCUUUUGCCUGCAGUUCAAUGACCUGCGAUUUGUCUGUGGGUAUGGAAGUAAACUGUUGUGAAGAACUGGGGUUAGAGCCUAGUGGCUUGAAGCACAUUCAGCUUCAGACCAAUGGGAACCAGUCUAUGUGGGAAGUCAAAGCUGCCAGAUUUGUGAAAACUGGUGGAAAGUAUCGAUGCCAUUUUUGCACAUUUUGUACUAUUGAUAAAGCUGCUAUGAGACGCCAUGUCAGAAUUCACACUGGCGAAAAACCCUUCCAAUGUGAUAUUUGUAGUAGGCGUUUUGUUCAGAAAGGAUUUUCAAAAAAGGACCAAAAGUAUCAAUGCCAUUUUUGUUCCUACUCUACUGCUUAUAAAACUGAUAUGACACGCCAUGGCAGAACUCACACUGGCGAAAAACCCUUCCUGUUUCAUUUUUCAGUCUUUUUCAGAAAACAUAGAAUACACCAAUGUACUUUUUGCUGUUACUCAACUGUUUGGAAGGCAGAUUUAAACAAGCACAUCAGAACACACACUGGCGAUAAACCAUUUGUGUGUGAAAUUUGUAACAAACGAUUCAUCCAAAAAUCUCAUUUGCAGAGUCAUUUGGUGCGCAUUCAUAAGGAAUAUUUCUGCCCACCUGUGGAUAUUCAAAAAAUAGCAGAGGAUAUCAAUGCAGCUUUUGCAGGUUCUCAAGUUAUCAGAAGAUUGAUGAUGUUAAAAAUAAAUGUCUGUGGUAUAAAAGUUUUAAUAGUUUUUAAUUAUUAUACAUCUAGUCUCUCUUUUCAUUUUUCAGCCUUUUCAAAGAGACCCGAGAAGUAUCAGUGCACUUAUUGUGAUUACUCCACUAUCUGGAAGACAUCGUUUACCAGACACCUCAGGUGUCAUACUGGUGAAAAACCCUUUCAAUGUACUUUUUGUAGCAAGUGUUUCAGCCUGAAGUCUACUUUAAAAAAUCAUAUGAAAACGCACACGGGUGAAAAACCGUAUUCAUGUGACAUUUGUGGAAGAUUCUUCACUGUUAAGUCCAAUCUGCUGCGUCACCAAUUUAUGCAGUUCAUGCACUGUAACUAUUCUAAUUAUAUUAAUUUUCUUUUGUGUUUCUUAUUUUUAGAAUUUCUGGAUAAACCAAAGCCUUUUCACUGUCAAUUCUGCAAUUAUUCGUCUCAUUAUAAAGGAGAUGUCAAAAGGCAUGCUCGUACGCAUACCGGUGAAAGACCUUUUUCGUGUACUAUCUGUGGAAAACGAUUCACCCAAAAAUCUUCAAUGCUGCGACAUGCACACACACAUUUUUGUUAAAAAAAAGUUGUUUUAUGUACCAUCAUUUUAUUUUUAUACACUGGAGAACCCAAAACUUUUCCUAUGGCCUCAAAUAAUUUAAAUAUAUAUCGUUCAAUAUGAUGUCAUACACUGAUAUAAUCCUACAAACAGCUUGCUGGAAUGUAGGCAUAUUGUCACGGCAUCACUUGAACUAAGCUGUCUGUUUUCCUAUAUUGUGACCCUAAAUAUAAUUUUAUUAAUGGUAUUUUUACUAGUAAUUUUUUUAAAUUGCAAGGUAGAUUAAAUUUUUUAAGUUUAAAAACCUUUUCCAGAAAAUUUUCUUGCUGUGCUACUAGUAUUUAUUAUUUUUUCAUACUUAUAACAAAAUAUUCAUUUAAAGUUCCAUUUCAUUUAGUUUCCAUAAUUCAAUAGCUACUUCUACUAACUAUUCUUAUGAGCUACUAAUAUUACAUUUUUAUUAAACAUGAAUUAAAAUAGUUUGUUUUUCAGUUAAUUUCUUUAUUGUUUAGCUUAGAAUCAUGUUCAAUAAUAUUUUUGUGACAUGGAUACCCCCUCCCCCCCGUUGUUAAAAAAAUAGAGACCAUUUGCGAUGUUUAACAGAUUUUGUCUAAUAUUUAAAAAAAUUGGGAAAUAAAAGUUGUUAAAAAAAUA